AUUUUUGUGUUUGCGUGGUUCAUUUUAAAGUGAAUGUAAUAAUAGUCAUUUGAAAUAUGCAUUUUUUGGGACACUCGAGUUCUAUUUCAGUUUCUUUUAUUAUUUUGUUUGGUGUGUUGGGGACGGAAGUCUUUGGUUCGGAGAACCCUGUCUGUAGCAGAAGGCGCAGGGACGUUUCAUGUUUCAUAGUUUGUCGGCUGACAGUAAACAGUACAUGUAUUUUGGGUUAGUUCUGUCACUUUCUUCAUUAGUACACUAAAUUUCAGCUUUGCAACAAUGUGUGCACCACGUAAACGAAAGGAAAGGGGCCGCUAUAAACUGUACCUUGAAGACGAAGGAGUCCCGGUGCCGAAAAGAUCACAACGGUUCUACAGUAACCUUGGAGUUGACGAGCAAGCAUCUGCAUCUGGAGAUUGUUCUCAACUUAAUGCUGGUGCUCUUGCAAAUGCUGCACUAACAGUAUCAGAAGAACAAGUGCCCGACAGAGACCCUUCACCUCAAAGACAAUCUUCAGGUUCUGAUGUUGAUUGCAAUCGUUGUGAAUUUGAAGAGGAGGGAGAGGCGGAACUCACUUGCUCAGAAACAGAGGAAACAACUGAAGAGGGCAAGACGCCUCACAGAUCGGAAGUACCAUCAAAAGAACUAUCUCAGGCAAGAAAUCAAGAACAGCGUAAAAGGUGUUCUCGCGUACCACCUGCUUAUAUGAGGGUUUGUGACCAAGAAUUGUUUGUGCCGGUUGAUGACAAUGAAGAGAGAGAGGAUCAGAGAGAAACAGAGGUUAUAGCUGAUGAUGAAGAUGUGACCAUGGAUGUUUUUUGUGAUGCUGAUGCUGAACCAGAUGAUUCGCAAGAGCAACAAGUUAUUGGCCAAGAUGGAGACCAGAACGCUGCCCACAAUGAUGCAAAUUGUGGUGAAAUCGGACAGCACCAACCAGCUGACCAUGGCGCAAAUGCUCCUCAAGAUAAUCAUCUUACGGAACAUGAAGCAUUGUGGAGAGCUAUUCGCAAUCAGCAGCCCUUUACAUCUCACAUUGGUACAGAAGUAAAUAAUUCCCCUGCUGAAAUUUUGUUGAAACUACUUGCUUUCAGUGAACAAAAUAAUUUAAGUUUAAAAGCAUUUGUUGAUUCCGUGAGAUUAGUAAACAGCUUGUUUGUGUCGCCAGUCAUUCCAGGAACUCAGUACCUGCUUGACAAUUUACUUUUGUCUUCUAAGCAGCUUGCAAAAUACUUCUAUUGCAUUAAGUGUACUUAUUAUUUUGGAAAAGUAAAUAAUGUAGAUAGUCCAGAGAAGCUAUGUCCUGGAUGUAAAACUGUGAAUUAUCUUAAGGAUUUAACAAAAGCCACUUACUUUGUUCUAUUUCCUAUUGAGUCUCAACUUGAGCUUCUGUUCAUGAGCAAGGAGGUGAGAGACAAUUUAGUUCACCCUAAAGAUGCAGUCAGAAAAAAUAGUGAAAGAAACUCACUGAAAGAUAUCUAUGAUGGUAAAUGUUAUAAAUCAUUUGCAGCCUCCUUGCCAGAUGAUUUAAGAGAAAAAGUGCUGUCUUUAGUAUUUUCUACUGAUGGUUCACCACUUUUCAAAUCAUCAAGCUUUUCCAUUUGGCCUUGUUUCUUUUCUAUCAAUGAAUUGCCACCUUUACUGAGAAUGAAACAUCUUUUAUUAGGAGGUUUAUGGUUUGGAAACAAACACCCUCCAAUGGAUUUGUACUUAAAACCUGUAGUUGAGUAUUUUGAGUCAUUGUUAGACACCCUUGUUCAUUUAAGGGUAGAGGGAGAAGAAUGGCUAAUCAAACUGUACAUUAUAGCUUGUUGUGUUGACUCAGGGGCAAGAGGAGCUGUUCAAGGCAUUAAUAGCCAUUCCGGCUAUUACUCUUGUAACUGGUGUCUCAUACCUGGUUUGUGGCUGGAUAAAGUAGUGUUUCCUAUGCAAGAAGUGCCACCUGCACAAAGGAAUCAUGAAGAUUUAGUUGCACAUGCUAAUGAAUGCCUAAACAAUGAUAAUCUAGUUUAUGUAUAUGGUGUACAAUUUAUAAGUCCCUUGGCAUCCCUAAAAAAGUUUAAUUUAGUCGACGGGAUGGUUCAAGAUUUUGCCCAUAACGUUCCGUUUGGAAUUGGCCGUACCUUCCUUGACGAGUGGCUCCACAAUGCUAAAAGAAGUUUCUAUGUAGGAUCACCGGAUGAGUUAGCCAUAUUAAAUAUGAGAAUGGAAAAGUUGCAACCAUGCAUUGAAGUGAGGCGGGCUUUAAGGUUGUUAAAGGAUAUGGCUUACUGGAAGGCUCGUGAGUUUGAAAAUUGGAUUUUAUUUUUCUCUCUUAUUGUUCUUUUAAGUGUUCUUCCAAUGAAGUUCUGGACUCAUUGGAGUUAUCUCGUGCAAGCUGUAUAUUUGUUAAGUAGAGAAUGUGUUUCAUGUCAAGAUGUGAAUAAUGCUCACCGGCUUAUACAGCUUUGGGUUUCUGAUGUUGAGAAAUUGUAUGGUGAGAAGUACAUGACAUAUAAUGUCCAUAUAUUUUCCCAUCUAGCUGAAAAUGUGGCAAGGUGGGGGCCAACAUGGGCAGUAUCAACUUAUUGUUUUGAAUCUGCUAUAGGGAAUCUAAAAAAUAUUCUACAUGCACAACGUGGUGUUCCACACCAAGUGCAUAGAAAUUUAAGCUACAAGCAAGCGAAACAUAUUUUGAUAAAUACCUGCUCAACUCCAGGAACUGAAGUAUUCUUGGAGAGUAUUAAAUCCAAGCCAAAUAAAAUGACAAAGUACCUUUCUCUUAAUGAAUGUGUUGUAAUUGGAAAAGGAGAAGAUUUCCUUCCUAAUGAUGAAGAAAGUUUUUUAAUAUCUCAAUGUGAGGAGAUGCAAGGGGAUAAUUUUGUUACAUACUCCAAAAUCAUAGCAUCUAGAUGUGUUUACACAUGUGACUCAGUUGCCUUAGGAAAGAAGUUCAAUAAUUCUGUUGCUCUUACAACCUUAGGAAAAAUUAUUAUCAUUAAGAAAUUUAUCAUGAGUAAGGAGAAUGAAAAAGUCUGGGUGUUCUGCUCUGAGGCAUCGUGUACUGAACUACUUAAGUUUCCCCAAGGUUUACGAAUACCUAUUGAAGAUCACUGUGUGAGGAUUAUCAGCUCUGUUGGUCGUAGAUUAAAGCUUAUUUCUGUAAAAGAAUUAAAAAUUGUUUGUGUUGUUACAGAGAUGGAUGAGAACAGAUAUGUCACUCCAUUUCACAAUCUAUUUAAUGUUUCCUAGAAUGUGUGAGCAAUAGAGCUCACAUUACUUUGUGAGAAUUAUUUUGUUUUGAUUUACCAAACAAUUUAAGUGAAAUGUAUUUACUCUAGUAUUAACUGUGUGAGAGACGUGCAUCUGGCAGAAAUAAAUUGGCCAAUAUUCAA